AUCAUCAUGGAUUUCCUCAAGAAAGGCCUCGCAUCAUUCACGAACAAGAGCGGCUCAAGCAGCACCAAUAACCCGCAAGCUGGCACCGGGCAGGCCGGCCAGAAGGACGACUACGUCGACAAGGGCAAGUCUCCUGCGUUUACUCAUAGCACGCGCAUACACUGACCAGAUCCUUCAGCAUUUGCGUUUGGCUCCAAGAAAUCUGGCUACAACGUCGACCGCAACAUGCAGGAGAAGAUCACCGAUGGUGGCCGCGAGGCUUACGAGAAGGCGACUGGGUAUGUUUGCUUCGGGACUAUGAUCAAAUUCCAAGUAGUGCUGAUAAUUUGUGUAGGAAGAAGGUCAGCUCGAAGAUCUCGAAUUAGGUACUGAGAUCGAGUUUGAAGUGGAUAGCGGACAGGGCUGCUUGAUUGGCGAACGUUGUAGCAGAUAAUGAACAGUUG